AUGAAGCUUACACUUUCUUUUGAUGUGGAAACAUUCCCUAAUCUCCAGAAUCCUUUGAUGGAGAUUGAUGCUGCUAAAGACAUGUCAUUCAAUGACUUACUUGCUUAUGUCGAGGCUGAGUCUGGUAUUGAACGGCGGCGUCUGCUUCUUAUGCACAAUGCAAAGUUUAUUGAAGGGAAUACUGAACCAGAAAGUGCACACACUUUGGGGAAUCUCAAUAUUGAAGAUGGCGAUCUUUUGAUUGUAUUUGACAAACUCGCAUAUGUAGCACAAUCAGGUCAGUCAUCAGUGCAGCAGCAACAACAACAACAACAACAACAACAACAACAACAACAACAACAAUCACAACCACAGACACCAAGACUACCUUUUGACCAAAAUACCGAGACAAAUUGGCAGAGACUUUACGAAGACGUGGAACGCGUACGCAGACAUAUGUUAACAAAUCCCGUUCUGCGAUCCGGCGUAAUUACACAGUACCCCUGGCUAGAAAAUGUUGUGGAAGAUCCGGUUCAAUUCCGCGAAGAAAUGAUUAAGAUUGAGCAUUCACGGGUGAGCCAGGAGAUUAACAAGCAGGCAGCCAUGAAGAAGCUUCAAGAUGAUCCUUAUGACGAAGAAUCACAGAAAAUGAUUUUAAAAUCUAUUCAGGAAGAAGCUAUUAUGGAAAACUUUCACACAGCUAUGGAACACAAUCCGGAACUAUUUGCUUCCGUAACCAUGCUUUUCAUCAACACCACCGUCAACAACAGACCCGUCAAGGCUUUUGUUGAUUCCGGAGCACAGGCUACCAUCAUGUCACCUAGUUGCGCAGAACGUUGUGGUAUUGCACAUCUUAUUGAUGAGCGGUUCCAGGGGAUGGCUAUGGGUGUUGGUACUGCACGCAUUUUGGGCCGUAUUCACUCAGUUCCCAUCUUGAUUGGCGACCAGUUUUUGGCCACUUCUUUCACGGUCAUGGAGGGUAAAGGCGUGGAUUUCCUUCUGGGUCUUGACAUGCUCAAAAAACACCGUGCAAUGAUUGAUCUCAAAGAUAACGUUUUACACAUUGCAGACGUCACUGUACCAUUCUUGCCCGAAGCUGAAAUCCCAAGCUCCGAGCUGUUUUUCCAGGAUGCAAGGUCACCAACAGGAACUGAUACUAAAUCUGGUGCAGGACCCAGCAGCAGUGACAGCAAUUCCGGGCCAUCGUCAUCUGUUCCAGAAGGUUCUUUUUCUGGAUCAGGAAGAAGAUUGGAAGGCAGUAACAGUAGUAGUAGUAGUACAACAACAACAACAACAACAACAACAACAGCAACAGCAACAACAUCAGCAGCAUCAGCAGCAUCAGCAGCAUCAGCAGCAGCAGCAGCAACAACAGCAACAACUACACCUAAGCCGCGUACUGGACCUUCGCCAACCCCGGUCAAAUAUACAGAAGACACAGUACAGAGCUUAAUGGCCAUGGGGUAUUCACGCGAUAAGGUUCUUGAGGCCCUGACGCUGGCCGACGGCAACCCAGACCUGGCUGCCAAUUUGCUUCUGGGUUAA